AUGCUCCUCUCGCGCGCCCUCCUGGUGCUGAGCACCCUGCUUCCUGCCACCGUCCUGUCGCAGAUGCAUGAACCCGUCUUUCCCUCCAGGUGUCAACCCGAUCCCUGUGAAGGCAUCACCUUCCGAAACGACUCAUUCAUCUGUGGAGACUCACGUCUGGGGCCCGUUGUCCCGCCCAAAAAGUUCCCUCUUCGCAAUGAGCUACGCACCUAUGCGCCUUUUGGCUCGCUUUGCCCCGCCGAGUUCCUCGAUCGAUGGGCGACGGAUGUCGCGCCCAAUGGUACAUACACCUAUCCCCCUUCCAGUGGUUUUGUGGUGGACGCGGAUAACGAACCCAUCAUCGGCAAUGUCACCCUCCCCGUCGGCAUGAAGGUUGAUCGCUUUGGAUCGGAGUAUGGCUCAUUCCUGGCGCCGCUCGGGGCCCCGUACAUCCAGCGGGCCUUGCCCCCGAGUAACCUCAACACGUACGACGGGAACUACCCGUACAACUACCAUGUGUACCAAGUGACCAAGGAGUUCCUCGUCGGUCUGGGUCCGAUCGCCCCUUGGUUUGAGCAGCCGGGCAUGGGGACGCAGUUUGUGACGUACACUAAUGUGAUGGGGUUGAUCAAUGGAGGGUUUCUGAGACGGCUGGAUGAGAGCGAGUAUGACGAGAAGGUGGAAUAUUCCAAUUCGUAUACCCCGGGGCCCAAUCAGGAUUGA